UAAGUAUAUUCAACUUAAAAAAUUUUUGUGUCUAUUUAUUAUCCAUCGUGUAUUAUAUAGUGUAAUAUUAUAAUUAAUUAUAUUAAUUCUCUACAUAUAAAAAAUCAAAAUUGAUUUUACACGCGGAAGAAUGAGCAGCGCCUCAAUGGCGGCCUGCUUCAACUACGACAACAACGCGCCGAAGGCCAGCAAAGGUGACAAGUUGGACAUCAUGGAAACUGGAUUAGCAUGGCACAGACCUCAGUCGGCUUCCUCCCGGGUGGAGGAGGAGCUCAUGCAAAAGAGCUCCAGAGCCCUUGCCAACACCACUGAUCCGUUGGAGAAAUUACGUUUGCUCUGCUUAUCUCGUGGUGCUUCAGGAAUUAUGGGACUGUCAAGGAUUUUCCGGCGUAUGGACGACGAUGGCAGCAAGCAAUUAAACAAAGAAGAGUUCCUAAACGGCAUUAAAGAAACAGGAUUAGAACUAAGCAAUGACGAUGCGCAGGAGUUGUUCAAGAAAUUCGACACUGACAACAGUGGCUCGAUCAGCCUCGAUGAAUUCCUCAUUCAGAUACGGCCACCAAUGUCGGAUUCUCGCCGGGCCAUCGUGGAGCAGGCUUUCAAGAAGUUGGACAAGACAGGUGACGGCACUAUCACCAUAGACGACAUCAGAGGAGUGUAUUCUGUCACUUCGCAUCCAAGAUACAUGAGUGGCGAAGAAACCGCAGAUGUUAUACUGAACAAGUUCCUGGCGAACUUUGAAUCGGAAGGAUCUAUUGACGGCAAGGUGACUCUAGAAGAGUUCAUGAACUACUACAGCGGGAUCAGCGUUUCAAUCGACAAUGACUGCUACUUCGACCUGAUGAUGCGUCAAGCGUACAAGCUCUAAAUUGACAUUCACACAACUCACACUAUAGCACACAACAAGCAAAAUUGUGCACCAAAUAUAUUGUAAACGUUCUAUAAUGUUGAUAUUAUUAUAAUUAUAUAGUUUAUUUAAUAAAUUAUUAACGUGUGGCAU